AUGGAGCCACUGGGACAUCGAAUUGCGGAGCUGAGCCGCGUUGUCGUCAACUCCUCGACUCGAAGACGUGCUGAGCAUGUCACUUGGGUGAUGCGUUCCAACCUCAUUUUCGCCCUUGUUACCGCCAUCGCGGCCAUCAGCUCAGCGGCGCCGGCGCCCCAGGCUUCUGGUGCGCCCCCGUCCGGCACUGGGCUGGCCCCCCCGCCCCACGGCAGUGGAGCUCCCCCGAGCGGCACUCCUCCCCCGCGCCCCUCCGGCACCGGCCUGCCUCCUAGCGGUGCCCCACCUUCCGGCACUCCCCCGGCUCAGCAGCAGCGCCGCUUCCGUGGCAUGAUGAACCGUCGCCAGAACUCCGCCCUGCCCUCUGGACCCCCGCCUUCUGGCGCACCUUCCGGUGCUCCCCCGAGCGGCACUCCCCCUCCUCGCCCCAGCGGCGUCGCCCAGCCCAGCGGUGGCGGCCACGGCGGCUUCGGUGCUCAGGAGGCUGGUGCUAAGCCCACUGGUGCUCCCCCGUCCGGUGCACCUCCCUCCGGUGCACCUCCCUCCGGCGUCCGCCCGAGCGGCCCUCCCCCCUCUGGAGUUCCUCCCUCUGGUGCUCCCCCUAGUGAUGCACCUGCUCCUACCGGCAACGCUAAGCGUGCUGAGCCCUCUGGUGCUAAGCCGUCUGGACCUCCUCCUUCCGGCGUUCGCCCCAGCGGUCCUCCCCCGAGCGGCGCACCCCCCUCCGGCCUUCCUCCUUCGGGCCCUCCUCCUAGCGGUGCCCCUGCUCCUACUGGCAACGCUCGCCGCGCCGAGUCUGCUCCCGCAGGCCCCAAGCCUACCGGCCCUCCCCCGUCUGGAGUGAAGCCUUCCGGUCCUCCUCCUUCUGGCGCUCCUCCUUCGGGUGCCCCGCCUUCCGGAGCUCCCCCCUCUGGUGCUCCCGCUCCCACUGGCAAUGCUCGCCGUGCUGAGUCUGCUCCCCCGGCCAAGCCCUCUGGCGAGUCUGGACCUCCCCCUUCAGGAGUUCGCCCCAGUGGCCCUCCUCCCUCUGGUGCUCCUCCUUCUGGUGCUCCCCCCAGCGGCGCUCCUAAACCCACCAACGCCAAGCGCGCUGACGAGUCUGCUCCCGCCGGCCCUAAGCCUACCGGUCCCCCGCCUUCUGGAGUGAAGCCUUCCGGCGCUCCUCCUUCCGGCGCUCCUUCCGGUGUUCCUCCUUCUGGUGCUCCUCCUUCUGGUGCCCCUCCCUCCGGUGCUCCCGCUCCUACCGGCAAUGCUCGCCGCGCUGAGGACGCAGCUCCCACCGGUACCAAGCCCACUGGUGCUCCUCCUUCCGGUGCUCCCCCCUCCGGCGCUCCUUCUGGAACUCCUCCCCCCAGACCUUCCGGUGCUCAGGCCGAGGGUGCUGCUCCUUCCGGCAACCCUCCUCCUAAGCCCACUGGCACCCCCACCGGCCCUCCUCCUUCCGGCGCACCCUCCGCUCCCGCCCAGAAGCGCGCCGAGUCCGCCCCUCCCUCUAAGCCUUCCGGCACCCCUCCCUCCGGCGCUCCUCCCUCUGGCACCCCUCCUCCUCGUCCCAGCGGUGCUCAGGCUGAGGGUGCUGCUCCCAGCGGAACUCCCCCUCCCAAGCCUACCGGCACUCACACCGGCCCUCCUCCUUCCGGAGCUCCUCCCGCUCCUACCCAGAGCGCUUAA